UCCAAUAUAAAAAUGGAGCACGAACUACCCAUCCUUCUUACUUCUGUGAACUCUGCUCCUCAAAUUCACUGCUUGGGAACUAAAAGGUUAUACUGAAAAAAUCUGCACCAAUUACAGCACUCUGAUGGCUGAUGGAGUAGUAAAAUAUGGAAUAAUUGGAGUUGGGAUGAUGGGAAGAGAGCAUCUCAUCAAUCUUCACCACCUAAGGAGUGAAGGUGUUGCUGUGGUUGCCAUAGCUGAUCCUUACUUGCCUUCUCAACAAGAAGCAGAGAGGCUUGCACCCUCUUUCGACUGGCCUCUUCAGGUUUUUUCGAGUCACAAGGAGCUGUUGGAUAGUGGGCUGUGCAAUGUAUUGGUUGUUUCAACCCCAAACAUGACUCACUUUGAAAUCUUGAUGGAUAUUAUCAGCCACCCGAAACCCCAUCAUGUGUUGGUGGAGAAGCCUCUCUGCACAACUGUUGCCGACUGCAAAAAGGUCGUAGAUGCUGCUAGAAGUAGACCAGAUAUCCUAGUACAAGUUGGCUUAGAAUAUAGAUACAUGCCCCCUGUUGCUAAACUGAUUGACGUGAUUAAGGGUGGAAAUUUGGGACAAGUGAAGAUGGUGGCUAUCCGGGAACAUCGAUUCCCAUUUCUAGUCAAGGUCAACAAUUGGAACCGAUUCAACUGCAACACUGGGGGUACCCUGGUAGAGAAAUGCUGCCACUUCUUUGAUCUCAUGAGGCUAUUUGCAGGUGCUGAUCCUGUCCGUGUCAUGGCCUCUGGAGCUAUUGACGUAAACCAUAAAGACGAAAUUUAUGAUGGGAAGGUACCUGAUAUAAUCGAUAAUGCAUAUGUAAUUGUUGAAUUCGAAAAUGGUUCACGGGGCAUGCUCGAUCUUUGUAUGUUCGCUGAAGGCAGUAAAAACGAACAAGAGAUAUCUGUUGUUGGUGACAUUGGAAAGGGAGAGGCAUUUGUUCCCGAGAGCAUUGUUCGUUGGGGCACUCGAGUAGAAGGUAGAGAUGGAGUUAAGACGUUAAAAGCGAAGGACGAUCGUAUAAAAUAUGAUGGGCUACACCAUGGUUCCAGCUAUCUGGAACAUCUUCAGUUUUUGUCUGCAGUGAGAGCUAAGGGAGCACAAGCUCCAGCAGUAGAUCUGCAUGACGGGUUGAUUUCAGUGGCUAUAGGAGUCGCAGCGCAGCUGUCGAUUGAGAAGGGUCGAUUUGUAACUAUCGAGGAGGUCAUGAAAUAAGCGCCUCGAUUGUUCGACGUUCUCUGUUCUGGUUUCUUUCUCAACUUCAACAGAAGGAACUUGUCGGAGAAAUAGUAUUUGUGAAUGGCAAGCCGAGCAAUUCUAGAGCUUCUCGCAGAUACUGAAGAA